ACUCUCAUUUAUUAAUUCCACCUUUGUCUCUCUCAUUGUGAUACCAACCAUUCUUUUACAGUUAUACCAAAUUUAAAGUAAUUGAAGCCUGCACCGAAUAUCAGAUCUGACCCUCACUUUCAUCAAAACUUAAAAAUAUAUAAAAAAUAAAAACAAAAUUAUCCAUCCAUCACAUUCACAUUCCCACACACACAACGUAACGAGGUGAAAGAAACAGUGAUAGGAGGAGGAGACUUACAUUGUGGGAUCAGAUGUCUGCUGUAGAAGGCGCCGUGAACAGAGAGUCCAGUUCCGGAUCGACUCUCUGCGACAUUCUGUGCACCACGGAUAAGCAACCUUCUUCGGCGGCGGCGGCGGCGGCGGCGGAACCUCAGCCUCAGGUUCGGCACAGUAAUCGGACCCUGCUGGAUGUGAUCCGGGAGCAGGAUCCGAAUGCUGCGAGGUCGGCAUACAAGGGGCUCAAUAUCAAUACGAAUAAUAGCAGAGAUAAGAAAUCGUGGAAAACCUUCAAAGACAAGCUCCGUUUGAAGCGUGCCGGGGCUGCUUGGACCUCCUCUGUUCCUAUCCCUGCCUCUGAUAUCCCUAUCCAACAGCAGGGUUCGCUUUCGCGCCGUAACUCGGUCCGCUUCCGUAGCUCGGCCGAGUUGACUCAGUCCUCCGAAGAUUUGUCUAGGCCGCCGCCGCCGCCGCAGAUCUUGCGCCGGAACUCCACUCGGUACAGUCCCGGAGACCUGAUUCCCGCCGAGUCAACUCAGUUCCCCGACUCCGAGUCUACGAGUUUCGUACCGCAAGCCACGCGCCACAACGCUACGCGGUUCGUCGGCACCCCGCACCACAGGAACACCGAAAUCUCCUCCUCCUCGUCCUCUUCCUCCUCCUCCUCCGACGAGGAAGAAGGAGACUCCGAAAUCGCGCCUCACACGCCGACGCGGCGGCUGUCGGUGGUGCUAGCGGAGGAGAGAGCUUUAUCGGCGAGAGAAGCGGUGGCGGCGCAGGAAGCGGCGGAGAGGGAGAGGCAAGAGCAGCUCAACACUUCGUCGACGACGGCGGAGCCGCCGGUGAGAAUGUCGUUGAUGGAUUUGAUGGACUACAACAUGGACGAUGACGAGGAGGAGGAGGAAGAGGAGGAGGAAGGGGAGGAGAACGAGAGAAACGAAGGAAAAGGAAAGGAAGAAGAGGCGGAAGAAGAGAACGGAAGCGGAAGCAAAAGAGGAGAGUACAAGUGCUGCGUGUGCAUGGUAAGGCACAAAGGCUCGGCUUUUAUACCGUGCGGACACACGUUUUGCAGGUUGUGUUCAAGGGAGCUUAUGGUGAGUAGGGGAAAUUGCCCUCUCUGCAACCGUUUCAUCUUGGAAAUCCUUGACAUUUUUUAAUUCCCUUAUAAUUUGGGUUCUCACAAUUGUAUCAUAGUGUGAUAUGAUCGUCAUUGAAGAUAAAAUUGCUUUGUUUUUUUUAAUUUUAUUUUUUAUUUUUAGAAUUGAGUCAUUAAUUUCAAUGACAAAAAAAGAGUGAGGUUUGGUUUUCAUGUGAUAAAUGAUCUCUGGUUCCAACUCAAUAUUUUAGUGAUUAUCAUCUCUUUGUAAAUGCAUUUUGUUCUUGGAUAUAUAGAACUUCCCUCUUCCAUUUUUUU